AUGGAGGGGCAACAUAAACUGUUUAACAACUAUCUGAGAGCACAUUGCAAAACAAAGUUGACAGCGUCGCAGCGAAGAAGACUAAGACGGAAAACAUUAAAAAGCUCAAAGGAUUGCAAGUCAAAAGAUACAGAAGUCUGUAAUGGAAAGAAAAAUCAUAUAGUACCAAACGGAGAGCUCUACUUAAAUGUUUCACCUAUUUUACCUUUAAACAUAAUAAAUUCCAGUAAUAAAAUUGUAGAACUGAAUACCAAAUUGUGCGAUACAUUAAAUUGCUCCUCGCCACUAACUAAAAACAAAAUAGUAGUAUCAAACAUGGAGCCCUCAUCCGAAGCUGGCUUAUCACUUAAAUCUCGAGACGAUGUCAAAGCUGCACGUGAGGCUAAGAAAUUGGCCAAACAAGCCAAGAAAAAGGGUACAACUGAAAUUCAAACCAAAUCUGAAACUCAGAAGUUGACAACUCAAAAAGGACAAGAUCUCAAAAACCCUAGUGUAGAUGAGGUAGACCGAGCUGAAAAGGAGAAUAAAGAAAAAUCUCUACACAUGAUUAAAGAAAUUAAAUCUAAGUUAAGUGAUGCUGUGGUACAUGCUUCUAGUAAAGAUGUUAGUAAUGUUACAGUGGCUGAAAACUUGACUGUAAAUGAUGUUGUAAAUACUUUAAAGGAUAUUGUUAAUGUUGCAAAGAAUGUAGAAAGCGUCACUGCCAUUGUAAAAGCAAUGGAUGUCCAAAAGCAAGUCAAAAAUGAAGUGAAAAAACAGACCAUAAAUGAAAAAACACCUGAUGUUGGGGAAAAAAAGAUGGAAAGUGAUGGAAAAAGUAAAGCUGAACUAAAAGCAGAAAGAAGAGCAAAGCAAGAAGCUCAGAGGGCUGCCAAACAAGCACAACAACAGGCUAAGGAAGUACAACAAAAAAGCAACGUUAAGACUGAGCAAAUUAAGGAGCCUGGAAAAAAAGAAGAUGUUGCUAAGGAAAAGUCACCAAAACCAAAAUUGAUAGAGAAAAAAGUAAAGUCACAAAGUUCACAGAAAUGUAAUUGGUUCCAACAUCUGCACACUGAGCAUGACAAGGAGGCACUGAGGGAUCUUGCUAUUAAUUCUAAUUUACACCCUGCUGUGAUCAAGCUAGGCGUUCAGCUUGCCUCACAUGUAGUUACUGGUUCAAAUGCAAGAUGUAUUGCACUCCUGGAUGCAUUGAAGAAGAUGGUCCGUGAUUAUAGUUUGCCUGCUAAGACUGAAUUCGCCCGAGGUCUAGAGGCGCAAUUGGCAGCUAGUUUGUCAUUUCUGUGGCGAAUGCGGGCACCGUCCGCUUCUCAGGUCAAUGCAAUAAAACACUUCCGGCACCAAUUGACCCAACUUCCCAAUAAUGUUGACGAAUUUGAUGCAAAAAAAAAGUUACAGGAAGAGAUGGACAGGUAUAUCCGCGAACAGAUUGAUAUGGCAGGAGAAGCUAUCAGCAUUGCAGUUAGGAAUAAAAUAUCAAAUGGUGAUAAUAUACUUACAUAUGGAUGCUCUUCCCUAAUUGAACGCAUCUUACGUGAAAGCCACGAGGCUGGGGUCCAGUAUCGUGCAGUGGUUGUUGGCAAUCGGGUCAGCCAUUCUGCAAGGGAGAUGUUACGACGUCUUAUAGCAGCAGGCGUUUCUUGCUCUUACGUUGACAUAUCUGCACUUAGCUUCGUUAUGAAGUCUAUCAAUAAAGUACUGCUGGGAGCGAACGCUUUACUUGUCAAUGGCUCGGUACUUGGAGCGGUGGGAACACUACAAGCUGCUCUAGUUGCGCGUGCGCACAAUGUUCCCGUCCUUGUCGCAUGUGAAACGCACAAAUUCUCUGAUAGAGUACAGACUGAUGCGUUUGUUUACAAUGAGAUUGGCGAUCCAGAAGCCCUAAUUGACAAGUCCGAUGAGAAUUCCCUCCUCAAAGAUUGGCGGUCUAACCCAAAUCUGAAUCUUCUCAACCUUACAUAUGACGUUACUCCCGCGAGCCUGGUGACUGCCGUGGUUACAGAAUUGGCUAUUCUACCUUGUACCAGUGCUCCUGUUGUUUUACGUUUUAAAACAUCUGAAUAUGGAAUGUAA